AUGCGCAUCUCUUCUCUCUUCACCGGCCUUCUGGGUCUGGCUACCAUAGUCUUCGCACACCCCGGCCACGAUAUCAAGGCCGAAGCUGCCGAACGUGCCUCUGCCUUGAAGGGCAUACACACUCGAAGCCUAGACAAAUGCUCUACAGAGCCCAACGCCCACACCAUCGAAGCCGCCAACGUCGCCCGCCGCAAGACCAUGCUGCAUAGAAUCCGCCAGGCGCGUGGUCUCACCGGGCCUGUCCUCCAACGCGACCUUGCUCCUUUGAACGCAAGCCACGCAUCAAACCUAUCAGUCACACCGUCCACAGACCCAGCAACGCUCUUCCAGUCCAGCGGAUCUUGUAUCCUCGCCGAAGACACCACCCAAGGGCCAUACUACGUCUCCGGCGAACUCAUCCGCCGCACCCUAACCGAAUCUCAGCAAGGAAUCCCCUUAUAUCUAGACAUCCAACUCGUCGACAGCAGCACCUGCGCCCCCGUGCCCUCGAUCUGGGUCGACCUUUGGAGCUGCAACGCCACAGGGGUGUACUCGGGGGUCAGCGAAGCCGGAAACGGGGUUGGAGAAAACGACCAGGCCAACCUCAGCCGCACUUUUCUGCGCGGGCUGCAGCAGACAGACGACGCGGGGGUCGUGCAGUUCCACACCCUCGUUCCGGGCCAUUAUGCGGGGCGCGCGAACCAUGUUCAUAUGCUUGCGCAUGGGCACGGGACGAGCGUAAACACGAACAAUGGAACACUGAGCGGGCUAUACGCGCCUGAUUCAAUGCGGAGCGCACAGAUUUUCUUUGACCAGGGCCUGAUUUCGGACGUUGAGGAGACCGAACCGUAUGCGGGCAAUGGGGUUAAGCAUACCGCGAAUGUCGAGGACUUUAUCCUGCGGCAGGAGCUGGAUGGGGGCAUUGAUCCGUUUGUGGACUGGGUGUUGCUGGGCGAGGAUAUUCGGGAUGGGGUGUUUGGGUGGAUUAGGGUUGCGUUGGAUAAGGAGGCUGAGGCGGAGGAUGUUGCCCCUGCGGUGUUUCGGACUGGGGAGGGAGGGGUUGAGAAUGAGGACUUUAGUUGGCCUGCUGGAGGGCCGCCUACGCUUCCUACGCCGUGGUGA